GAUGUUAUGAGAAUAUCCGUCCUUUAUAACUAACUCCUAAUCCUUGAGAGUUAUCUUUCGACUUAUUGUCAGCCCACGAAUCAGAUCCAAUAUCUUCGACAGAAUGAGUCUCUGUGCAGCUUGCGUUCAAGGUGUUCGCCACGAAGGCACUCCAGAAGGAAAGUAUGAGACCAUCGGUGGUGUCAAAUGCUACGUCGGUACACCCACAACAGACUACCCCAAAGACAAAGUCGUUCUUUACCUCUUCGAUGCUUUUGGUAUGGAACUCGUAAACAACCUUCUUCUGGUCGAUGACUUUGCUAGGAACGGAUUCAAGGUCAUUGCACCCGACUACUUAAGUGGCGAUGGUGUCCCCGAGAGCGCUUUGGAGACACCAGGCUUUAACUUUGGCACGUGGCUUACCAACCACACUGCUGAACAGACAAGGCCUCUCCUCGACAGUGUCAUUGCCGCUCUCAAAGAGCAAGGUGUCACCCGCUUCGGUGCAACAGGAUACUGUUUUGGAGGCCGAUAUGUAUUCGAUUUAGCCUUCGAAAACAUCAUCCAUGUCUCCGUUGUCGCCCACCCAUCUCUUUUGAAAUCUCCCGAUGACCUUGAGAAAUAUUUCGCUACCUCUCAAGCACCUCUUCUCAUUAACUCCUGUACAGUCGAUGGUCAAUUCCCGAUCUCCUCCCAGACCACUGCCGAUGAGAUAUUUGGUGACGGGAAGUUCAAACCUGGUUACCAGAGAGAGUACUUCGACGGUUGCACCCACGGGUUUGCUGUCCGUGGCGAUAUGAGUGACCCCAACGUGAAGAAGGGCAAGGAGGGAGCAUUCAAGUCAACCGUUGAGUUCUUCAUCAAACACUUGUAAGAGAUUUUUGGAGCGUGAUUGGAGAAUGCUUUGAAAGCAUUCGCGUCUGUAUAUGUUAUUUGUAUUACAAA